UGCCGAUGCAAUUAGAACAAGCCUUGGACCAAAGGGAAUGGAUAAAAUGAUUCAGGAUGCUAAAGGAGACGUGACAAUCACUAAUGACGGUGCUACUAUUCUGAAACAAAUGCAGGUUCUGCACCCGGCAGCCAAAAUGUUGGUAGAGCUGUCAAAAGCACAAGAUAUUGAAGCUGGUGAUGGCACUACAUCUGUGGUUGUCAUUGCUGGAGCUCUUUUGGAUGCCUGUUCCAGACUUCUUCAAAAAGGAAUUCACCCCACCAUCAUUUCAGAGUCAUUCCAAAAAGCUUUGGAUAAAGGUAUUGAAGUAUUGACCAACAUGGCGCAGCCAGUUGAACUGAGUGACAGAGAAACCUUGCUAAAUAGUGCAACUACGUCGCUGAAUUCAAAGGUUGUGUGUCAGUAUUCUAGUUUACUCUCUCCAAUGAGUGUGGACGCAGUGAUGAAGGUGAUUGACCCAACUACAGCUAGUAGCGUGGACCUCAGAGAUAUUAAAAUUGUUAAGAAGUUGGGAGGCACGAUUGAUGAUUGUGAACUGGUUGAAGGACUAGUCCUGACUCAGAAGGUGGCAAAUACCGGCGUAACCAGAGUGGAAAAAGCCAAAAUUGGCCUCAUUCAGUUCUGCUUGUCUGCUCCAAAGACAGAUAUGGACAACCAGAUAGUUGUUUCUGAUUAUGCUCAGAUGGACAGAGUACUGCGUGAAGAGAGAGCCUAUAUUCUAAAUUUAGUUAAGCAAAUUAAGAAGGCUGGAUGCAACGUGCUGCUGAUCCAGAAGUCUAUUCUGCGGGAUGCUCUUAGCGACCUAGCCCUCCACUUUCUGAACAAAAUGAAGAUCAUGGUGGUUAAAGACAUUGAAAGAGAUGACAUUGAGUUUAUAUGUAAGACAAUUGGAACUAAGCCCGUUGCUCAUAUUGACCAGUUUACUCCUGAUAUGCUGGGGUCUGCUGAGCUGGCAGAGGAGGUCAACUUGAAUGGGUCUGGGAAACUAAUAAAGAUUACGGGCUGCACAAACCCUGGAAAAACUGUAACCAUCGUGGUACGUGGAUCCAACAAACUUGUUCUAGAAGAAGCUGAGCGUUCAAUUCAUGACGCCCUGUGUGUCAUAAGAUGCUUAGUUAAGAAAAGAGCUUUAAUUGCAGGAGGUGGGGCACCGGAGAUAGAGUUGGCACUGCGCUUGAACGAGUACGCUCGCACUUUGAGGGGUAUGGACUCGUACUGCGUCCGUGCGUAUGGAGAUGCACUGGAAGUCAUACCGUCUACGCUGGCUGAAAAUGCAGGUCUCAAUCCUAUUUCAACGGUAACAGAGCUGAGAAACAGACAUGCUCAAGGAGAGAAAACAGCUGGCAUUAACGUCAGAAAGGGUGGCAUUUCCAACAUCUUGGAGGAGUUAGUUGUCCAGCCGCUGCUGGUGUCUUUGAGCGCAUUGACUCUUGCAACAGAGACUGUGCGCAGCAUUCUUAAGAUUGAUGAUGUGGUGAACACUCGGUAAGCUGAGCAAAGAAAGUGGGGACUGUGGCCUAGAGCUCCUUCCCUGUAGUCUGGAAUAUGGCUUCCUUAAUUUAAAAAAAAAAAAAACACUUCUGUUUUCAAAAAGGAAAUGCUGUUUAUCAAUAAACACGCAGUAGUCUA